AUGGCCAACCGAACGCCCCUGGUGCUUUACACCAACAGAAACUGCCCAUGGGCGCACCGCGCCCAUAUAGUUCUCGCUGAGCUCGGAAUCCCGUAUGAGGAACACCAUAUUGACUACAGUGUGCCCCGGUCCCCGCAAUAUCUUCAGAUCAACCCCCGGGGUCAAGUUCCCACCCUCGUCUGUGGUGACCAAAUCAUCCGGGAAUCCGCCAUCGCAGCGCAGUUCCUCGCCGAUUCCGUCCCAUCAACACACUUAACACUUCGCACAGGCGAUAUUGCCGGAGCAUUGAUGCGUGCGCGGAUCGCAUUCUUUGUUGAAACGUAUUUCUCCAAAGCCAACAAAUACUACUAUCCUGCUAUUGAAGCGACAACAGACGAGGAGGCAGAUUCUCUCGGUGCUUUGUUUGCGGCUGCAGUGUCUUCGGAAAUUGAACCGCUUCUGCACGAUGCCGCUCCCUUCUUCGGCGGCAGCGAGAAAUUGACAAUGGCAGAGGUACUAACUGCAUCGUUCAUCUUGCGUAUUUUCACAUUGCCAACCGCCGAAAACCCUCCAUUGCCGUUGACAAUGAUUUUGGGUCUUAAUUCAAAAGCGCCUCGGUUUUACAGUUGGGCCCAAGCUGUUUUGACCCACCCAUCCGUCAACGGCAUCUACAGCCUAAACGGCUGCGCUGCGGAAAUGCAAGAGAGACGGGCCAAGGCGAGAGGCUUGUUGUAG